UAUUUGUCACCCAAAACUCCCCCUAUCACAUACACUUGUGAGCACCAGAGUCCACACUAAACAGACACACACUCUCUCUCGGACGCAUCCAUACACAGAGAUGAUCUCACAGGCUUUCACUGAUUUAGCCAAACACAAUUAGUCCUCUCUCUCUAUCUUCCCCCCUCUCUGUAAACAAGCCCAACCCCUCUCCUAUUCACCAUUUCCCAACCAACCCGUCCAACCACUUCCUCUCAUGCAUUCAUGAUUUGGGUCUCCGGAGCCCAUUCAUCUCUGGGGGCGGCGCCGGCGGGUGAAAGAUUCAAUCUUUCUUCGAUUUCAGAUAAGUUUAGCUCAAAUUGCAGUAAUGGGUUGCUUGGUUUCUCAGCUGGCGUCGAAGUUCGCCUUCUUUCCGCCGUCUCCGGCCACCUACCAGGUCAAGAAGCGCGGGGAUGGGCACCUCGUCGCCGUCUCCACCGCCUCUUCCAUACCCAUCGCCGGCGACGCCGACGACCCUUGUAUUGAUGUCCUCCGGCUCCAGACGAAAAGGGGAAACAAGAUUGUAGCUUUUUACCUCAAGAACCCGUACGCUAGGCUUACUUUGUUGUACUCUCACGGCAAUGCGGCUGAUCUCGGCCAGCUCUAUGACUUGUUUCUUCAGCUUAAAGCUAACCUCAGAGUCAACCUCAUGGGAUAUGACUAUUCCGGCUAUGGAGCUUCUUCAGGGAAGCCAAGCGAGUAUGAUACAUAUGCUGAUAUUGAGGCAGUAUAUGAGUGUCUUGAAACUCAGUAUGGAGUUAGCCAGGAAGAUUUGAUUUUGUACGGACAGUCCGUUGGAAGCGGGCCCACAUUGCACUUGGCUGCUCGAUUGCCGAGGUUGAGAGGUGUUGUUCUGCAUAGUGGCAUUCUCUCUGGUCUUCGUGUGCUUUGUCAUGUGAAGUUCACAUUUUGUUUUGACAUUUAUAAGAAUGUAAACAAGAUUCAGAAGGUGAAAUCUCCGGUGCUCGUAAUACAUGGAACAGAAGAUGAGGUGGUGAACUGGUUGCAUGGGGACAUUCUAUGGAAAAUGGCAAGGGACCCGUACGAGCCGUUGUGGAUAAAAGGCGGAGGGCAUUGCAACUUAGAGCUUUACCCUGACUACAUCAGACACCUAUGCCACUUUGUCCAAGCAAUGGAGAAUAUGGACACAAAGGCUCACCUCCAAAAGAUUCGGCCCACACUCCUCCCUCCGCCAAAGAAGAGAUCAAACACUCUUCCUCCUCCUUGCUGCUGCUUUAAACGGCGCAAGCCCAAAUGCCCGAAAUGCUCUUGUUGGCCCACGUGUGGGGAAUGUGAGAAAUGCUCUUGCUGGCCCAAGUCGAUGGAAUGCGCAAAAUGUUCUCGUUGCCCGAAAUUAUCAAAAUGCUCUUGUUGGCCCAUAUGCGUUCCAAAAGGCACGUGCUGCCCGGAAUCAUCAAAAUGCUCUUGUGAGCCUAAAUGCAUGGACCACACAAAAUGUUCAUGCUGCCCGAGAUGGGAACCGAAUUGCCCAAAAUGCAAGUGUUUCGAACCGGGUUGCAUGAGAUGCUGGUGUUGGUGCUCACACUUCUCGUGCAGGCGCCCGAAAUGUUGGUGUUGGUGAUAGGGGAUGGAGGAGGGUCUUAUAGAGACUUACAAAGUUGUAUAGCCAGUAUCCCUUUAAUGUAUGCAAUAAUCUUAGAUUCUUAGCCUCAGAUAAAAUUAUUGUUACGUAAUUCACUUCGGCAAAUGCCUUCCAGCUUCUUCAUAUAUAAUGAUAAAAUCUAAUUGUGAUUUAGAUCAUCC